AUGGACAGGAGGAAUGAUGAAGUACAUACUAGCCAUGUGUACAAUUGGGUUCUGAAUCGAUUACGAUUUUCUUAUCAAGAAAAAUAUAACAUAGAUGAUUUAAUCGAGCGAAAUGAUGAAGAAAAUAAAGAGGCUGUCGAAAAUUUUUUGAAUAAGGGGGAAGAUGAUGUUUUGUUGUUUAAUAUUGAAGAUAAUAAGAUAGUAUUAAAAAAAGAGGAAAAUAUAAAAUUUGAUGAGAAAAUUAUUUAUUUUCACAAAUAUAUGAAUGGAUAUAUUAAAGAAGAGAAUAAUAUAUUAUAUGGAAUAUUAUCACCAAAUAUAUUAGACACAUUAAAAAUAAUGCUUUUAAAAAUAGUAUAUCCAUUAUUUUUUAAUAACAAGAAUAUAUAUAAAAAUAUAUGUAUAGAUGAGAUAAAUAAAUUUUCUAUGGAUUUUGAUGUAUAUAUAAAAGAAUUAAAUGAAUUUAUUUUAAUUUUAGAAGAUAUUAAAAAGGUGAAGAAACAAAAAACUUAUGAGUAUGAAAUGAUUUGUGAAAAAAAUCGAGCCAACAUAUUUAAUAAAAAUGAACAUGAUGAGAAAAAAGAGAGUUCAAGUGUUAAGGGUAAUAGUAAAAAUGGAAAUGAAAUAGAGAAUAAAAUUCAAAAAAAAAAGACAGAAACAGCAUUAUUAACAAAAUAUUUAAAUAUUAUAGAAUCCUUAUUUAAUGAUAUGCAACAUAAAAUAGAAGAAUAUAAAAAAUGUAAUUUUGAUGUAGGUCCAUUUAUUGAAAUUCAAUAUUGGAGAUAUAAACAUAGAUAUUUAUUAUUUAUUAUUGAAGAAUUAAAAAGUAGUGAAAUAAAAAAUAUAAUAAAUAAUAUAAAUAUAAAUAAUUCCAAUAAUGAAGAACAGAAAUAUGCAUAUACUUUUGAUAUAUUAAAUAAAUGGAGAGAGUUAGAAAUAAAAAUAGAAAAUGAAUAUAACGAAAGUAAGGAUAAUAUAAAAUAUUUAGAAAGUAUUGAACAAUUUAUAUUAUCUUUAUAUUUAUGUAAUGUAGAAAAUAUUAUUGAUAACAUUCCUUCACUUUUAAAUUCAAUAAAAAUGAUUUAUUUGGUUGCACGUUUUUACAACACUCCAAACAAACUUAAUAAUUUAUUUAUCAAAAUUACAAACCAGCUUGUUUUAAAAUGCAAAAAUGAAAUAUUUUUUGCAAAAAAAAAAAAAAAAAUAUAUAGAAAGCCAAAAAGAAAUAGUAAAAAAAGUAAUGGUGAAUAUGUAGAUAAGUUUGGAAAGUAUAAUAGAAAAAAAGACAAUGACAAUGAUAGUAAUAAUAAUAUUAGUGAGGAUAAUUAUUUAGAGGACGGACCAGAUAAUAUGCAUUCAUCAAAUUUGAAGAAAGAUGCAAAUAAUUAUAAUAAAAAAGGAUUUGAUUAUUAUGAUAAACAAAUGAAAAAUAAAAAUGGUGAAACAAGUUUAGAUGAGAAUAAUGACACUGAUCAAGAGAGUGAAAAAAGUGAUUCUUCUUUCGAUAGUUAUGAUAGUGAAAAUGAUGAAAAAGAAGAUGAAGAAAAUAGUGAUAGGAUUAGUAACUAUGCAAAUGGUGAAAUAGACAGAAAUAAUAAUAAUAAAAGUUUUGGAAAUAAUAUAAUAAAUAUGAAUUUUAAAAUGGGUGAAAUGAAAAAAGAUAAAGAGAAUUUAUGGGAAUUAGAUCCUGAUGAAUUAAUUGAAAAAUUUGAAUUAUGUUUUAAAUUACAAGAAAAAUAUAAAGAAGAAUUUAAUAAUAUAAAAACGUUUUUUGAAAAUAAUUCAAAAAAUAAAUCUGUUAAUUUAGAUACACAAGUUAUAUUUUGUAAAAUGGAUUUAUUUUGUAGACGUUUAAAAAAGUUGGUAGAUUUAUUUUUAUGUAUAAAACAAUUUAAGGAAUUAAAAAAAGUGAAAUUUGAUACAAUUCAAAAUAUAACAACAUCAUUUAAAAAGUACAUAAAAGAGUUUAAAUCGAAACAUAUUGAUGAUAUGCUAAAUUAUACAGACAAUUAUUUUGAUAGAGAUUUUGUUGAACUAAGAGUUUAUAUAUCUGAAUUAGAAAGUGAUUUACAAGAAAGUGUAAUAAGUUUACUAAAUAGUAGUUCAAAUAUUAUGUUUUCAUUUUUCAUUUUUUUUAAAUUUAAAAAAUGUUUUAUGAGGGAUUAUUUAAUAAAUUUCUUACACACAAAAUAUGAUAUCCUACUUUCUCAAUUUUUAGAAAUUCUUAAUUCGAUUAAUAAUGAUUUAGAAAAUUAUAAAAUAAAUUUAAACUCAAAUAAAAAUAUUAAUUAUCUUAAAAACAUAUUUUGGAUAAUUAGUAUUAAUUAUAAAAUUAAUCAUAUAAUUAAAAUAUUUUUAGAUGAAAACAAUUUGAUGGUUGACUCUCCAGAUCAAAUCUCUUCCUAUUUUGAGAUGGCAAAUUUAAAGAAUGUCAAUCCCCUAAAAGGUUUUGAAAAAACUAUUUUAGAUGUUACAGAUGAGGAUGAAAAAUUAAAUGACAAGACAGGCGAAGAAAUAGACACAAAUAGUUGUAUAGAUGAGAAAGGGGAUAAAUUAGGAAGUAACAACAUUUUUUUCGAAAUAAAUGAAGAAGUUUUAAAAUUAUUAGAAGAACUUGAAAAAAAAAAAAGAAGUGAUACUAAAAAAAAAGGAGUAUCUGAAGAAGAUGGAAAAAGUGAUAUAGGGAAAGAAUGUAAUGAAGAUAAAUUAGUAAAAACAGAUGAAUCUGAAAAUAAAAAAAUAAAAAAUAAAAUUUUUAAAUGUUCUAGUGGAAAAGAAGUAUUAAAAUUAUAUAUAAAAAUUUUUAAAUUUAUUGAAGAAUAUAAAAAUAGAUUAUUUAAACAUUGGGUAUUAUUUACAAAAAGUGUGAACAGUUUGAAUGUUACUAUAUUUGUUAAGCAUCCUAAAACACAAAAUGUUACAGUAAAUUUUGAUAAUAGAAUUAAAAAAAUAAUUAGAGAAGCAAAAAUUUUUAUGUCUUUUAAUUUUGAAAUACCAGAUGAUAUAAAAAGUAUGAUGUCACAAGAAUCUAGGAUCUAUACAUUAUAUUAUAAGUUUUACAAUAUAUUAAUACUUGUAAAAAAAAUGAAAAAUAAUAAGAAAAAAGAUAUAGAAUAUACAUUAAAACGAUUUUUUGUAUAUAUGGAUAAGUUGAUAGUACCUUAUGCUGUGAAAUAUACAUGGAAUAAUUAUGCUGUUGAAGAUUCAGUAGACAAUUUAACAAGAGAAAUAAAAUAUUUUGAUGAAAAUAUAAAUUCUUUAUAUUAUAUAAUAGAUGAUCAUAUUAAUUAUAAUAUAAAAACCCUUUAUAAAAUAUUACAAUAUAAAAAUGAGAAAUUUAAUAUUAAUAGACAGAAAAAAAAAAUAUAUAAAAAAAUGAUUUUAUGUAAUUCUAUAUCAAAAAAAAUACAAAUUGGAAUAUUUGAUUUGCUAAAUAAUAUACAAUAUGUGUAUGAUAAUAAAUUAAAAAGUAAAAUUACAAAAGAAGAAAUAAUAAAUACAAGAAACUUUUAUUAUAAUAUAUUUUUAUCUACCCUUAAGAAAGUUUACUUAAAAAAUAUUAGAAGUGUAAUUAAUAAAUGGUCUUCAUUUGAUCAAUUCGAAGAGAAAAAAUGUGAUAGCGAUGAUAGCAAUAAAACAAGUUCAUAUGGGGAAGAAAAUUUUAUUGAAAUUUUGUUGCUCAUUCAUGAAAAUAAAAUUAUUAUAAAUCCGUCUAUUAAUAAUAUAAAAGAUGGUAUAAAAAAAAUGAUUAACAUUUUAAUUAACAAUUUGAUAUAUGUAGAUAAUUGGGUUAGUAGUGAUGAUUUGAUAAGUAAAUUCGAAAAGGUUGUUGAAGAUAAACAAAUUAAUGAUACUGAAGAUGUAAGUAAAGAAAUAGAACGAAAUAGUCGAAAAAGUAUUUUUGAUGAACUUUUGGAUUCUUCAUCACUUUUGAAAAAAAAUAAGAAUGAAGAAGAUUAUGAGUUUAAUAUAGAAAGUAAUAAUUGUGUUAGUAAUUUAAAUGGCUAUUUCGAUUUUUAUGAAAAAAUAAAAGAUGACAAAAAUAUUGAAAAGGAACUUAUAAUGUUAAAUGAAAAGUUAAGUGGAUUUCAAAAUGUAGUAGAUAAUUUUAUUAAAAAGUUUGAUAAGUAUAAAUAUAUAAUAAACAAGUUUGAGAUGGAGAGAUUAAAAAAUUUGGAAAAACAAAAAAAUAUGCCUAAGAAAAUUAAACCAGUAAAUAGUAAUAAUUAUUCAAUGUCUAUGGGUGAAAUAGUAUAUGAUGAAACUGUUGAUGAGGAUGUGAAAAAAGAGAAAAAGUCGAUAUCUGGAAUCAAUGAUUCGGAUUCAGGGAAAGAUAAAAUUGUAGAAAAAGACAAUGAAAAAAAUGAGGAUGUAGAAAUUUGUAAUUAUAGUAGUGAUGAAGAAUUGAGUGAUGAUUAUGAUGAUGAAGAUGAUCCAUAUAUUUACAAAGAGGAAGAAAAAAUAAAGGAAUAUAUUGAUAUAAAAAAAGAAAUAAAUAAUAUAGAAAAUGUAUACACAUUAAAUGUAUUUAAAUUUAAUUUAGAAAAAUUUAAGAUGUAUUUAGUAAGUAUUAUUGAAAAUGAAGCUUUAGAAUGUGCUAACAAAAUUAUUUAUCCUGUAAAAAGAAAAAGUGAUUGGUUAAUAAAAAAAAUGAAUGGAUAUAAAACAAAAUUGAAAAAGAAUAUCAUAGAUAUAGAUUCUCUUUAUUAUGUAAUAGAUGUAAUAAAAAAAAUUCAUACAUUUGAAUCAAAUAUAGAUAUAGUAUUAAAUCCGAUAUAUGAAAUGUUAGACAUACUUGAAUUUUAUAUGAAUAAUUUUUUAAAAAAACAAAUUGAUAGAUUAAAAAAUUUUAAUCCAUAUGAUGGUGAAGGUAAUGAUGUAGAUAGUACUAACUUUUAUGAUAGCAAUAUUUAUCAACAAAAUUUCGGAACAACUUUAGAGAAAAAAGGUGAUAAAGAAUUUUCAAACGAAUUAAAUGAAUCAUAUAAUAAAAAUUUUAUAAACACAUUCAACAAGCUAAAUGUAAUGAAGAAAAAGUUUAUAAGUUUGUAUAGAGUUGAAGUGGAAAAAAAAAAUGUAAUUAUGAGCCAAUUUAAAGAAUUAAUAUGUCUAACAAAAAAGGUUGAAGAAGAAAUACAAGAAAAAAAAAGUGUUAUGAAAAAUGAUCUGAUAAAUAAUAUAUAUAAUUUUAAAUAUAGUAUGCAAUUAUUUAGAACAAACUUUUUAAAAAUGAAUUUUAAAAGUAAGCAUGCAAAUACAUUGACUGUUUUUGAAAUAUUAAAAAGAUAUAAAGAAGAAAUAAAUAUUUUAAAAAAAAAAUAUAAUAGUUAUUAUAAAGGAGAAUCUAUAUUUGGAUUAAAACAUCAAGAACAUUCCGAUUUAUUUUUAAGUAUAACUGAAGUUAAUAAUUUCUAUUCUCUUUAUGAUUUAUAUGUGCAACUAAAAGAAAAAUUAAAUGAAUGGAAAAAUUUAAAAUGGAAUGAUGGAAUAAUAAAAAUAAAAGAAUUAAAAGAAGAAAUUUUAGUAUUUGAAAAAAAAUGUUCUCAAUUACCUAAAAAUUUAAAAACUAUUAUAGUAUAUAAAAAUUUAGUUAAAGAAAUUGUUUACUUUAAAGAAAUUACACCAAUAAUUGAAGAACUAGAGAAAAAGACAAUUUUGAAAAGGCAUUGGAUUGAAAUUAUUAACAUAUUAAAGGAGAAGAAAAAAAAAGAAAUAAAUGUUAAGGAGAAAAAAGUUAAAAAAAAUGUGUCUGAAGUUCGAAAAGAAGCAGAUUUAGUAGAAGAGAAUGCAGACCACUCUAAAGGGGAUAUGCUAAAGGAUGAGGGAAAAGGUGAUGAUAAAAUUGGAAAAGAUAUGGAUGGAAUAAAUCAAGUGGAAUAUGUUGAAGAAAUAGAAGCAGAAAUUCUGAACGAUACAGAAAAAAUUGGUAAAGAAAAUGAUGUAAUACUAGAUGAUGGAUAUCUAGAUGAAGAUGAGUAUAUAAACAAUUUAAAUAACCUCGAUUUAGAUAAUAUGGAUUUUUUAAUUAAAGAUUUAGUAAAUGAAUAUUUGUUAAGAAAAAAAGAUGAUAUAUUAGAUAUAUGUGAUAGUGCAGAAAAAGAAGCAAGUAUAGAAGAAAAAAUAAAUGAACAAUAUAAAAUAUGGAAUGAAACUUGUUUUCGUUUUAGUAAAUGGAAAAAUAGAGAUUAUGCAUGUAUAUUAGUAGGUAGUAAAGUUACAGAAAUACAAGAAAGUUUAGAAGAAAGUCAGAUAUUAUUGAAUAAUAUAAAUUCUACAAAAUAUAGUAAACCAUUUAAAAAUAAGUUGUCAAUACUUUUAAAUAAAUUAUCUGAUUGUAGUGAUAUAGUUGAGAGAUGGAUAAAAGUUCAAAUGUUAUGGUGUUCAAUGGAGAGUGUAUUUACAAGUGGUGAUAUAGCUAGACAAAUGCCAAUUGAAUCAAAAAGAUUUCAUCAAAUUGAUAAAGAUUGGAUUAAUAUUAUUAACAUUGCUAAUGAAUCAUCUAUUGUUGUAGAGUGUUGUCAAAGUAGUAUGUUAAAAGAGUUAUUACCUAAUAUGCAAAAGGGUUUAGAAAGUUGUCAAAAAUCUUUAGAAUCAUAUUUAGAAGGAAAAAGAAGUAAAUUUCCUCGUUUUUAUUUUGUAUCUAAUUUAGUACUAUUAAAAAUUUUAUCACAAGGAUCCGACAUAAAUAUUAUUCAAUCCGAAUUAAUAAAAUUAUUUGAUGCAAUAAAUUAUUUAACUAUAAAAAAUAUUCAAAAUAAAAAAAGAAUUGUAUGUAUUAAUAAUAAAGAAAAAGAUGAUAUUGAAACGGUUGAAUUAUCUAGUCAUGUAACUAUAGAUGGGAAUAUAGAAAAUUGGUUAAUACUUUUAGAAAAAGAAAUGCAAAGAGCUGUAAAAAGGGAGUGUAAAUUAGGAGUGGCUAGUUCUGCUCAAUUAUUUAAAAGUAUGAACUUAAAAGAAUUUUGUGAUAAAAAUAUUGCACAAGUUGCUUUAAUAUGUUUACAAGUUAUGUGGACAAAUGAUAUCGAAAAGUGUAUAAAUAAAUAUCAUUCAGAAAAAAAUAUAUUAAAAGUUACUAAUAAAAAAAUAAAUUAUAUUAUGUCUGAGUUAGUAAAUAUAUGUCUUUCUGAUUUAGGGACAAAAUUUAAUAGAACAAAAUAUGAGACUCUUGUUACUAUACAUGUACAUCAACGAGAUUUAUUUAAUGAAAUAUCUGGAAAAAUAAAAGAACAUAAAAUAAAAACAUGUACAGAUUUUGAUUGGUUAAAACAAACAAGAAUAUAUUAUAAACCAGAAAAAAAUAUUAUUUUAAUAAGUAUAUCCGAUGUCGAUUUUAUAUAUUCUUAUGAAUAUUUAGGUAUAAAAGAAAGAUUAUGUAUUACCCCUUUAACAGAUAGAUGCUAUUUAACAUGUGCUCAAGCAUUAGGAUUAUGUUAUGGUGGUGCCCCAGCAGGACCAGCUGGUACUGGUAAAACUGAAACAGUAAAAGAUUUAGGAAGAACAUUAGGUAUAUAUGUAAUAGUAACAAAUUGUUCUAAUCAGCAUAAACAUAAAGACAUGGCAAAAAUAUUUAAAGGUUUGUGUAGAAGUGGAUUAUGGGGAUGUUUUGAUGAAUUUAAUAGAAUAAAUUUAGAUGUAUUAUCUGUUGUUGCUAUGCAAAUAGAAUCUAUUGUUACAGCAAAAAAGCAAUCAUUAAAACAUUUUCUUUUUCCUGGUGAUUCAAAAUCAAUUAAUUUAAAUCCAUCAUCUGCUUAUUUUAUUACAAUGAAUCCUGGGUAUGCUGGUAGACAAUUAUUACCAGAAAAUUUGAAAAUAUUUUUUCGAUUUAUUUCUAUGAUGGUUCCAGACAGGCAAAUUAUAAUAAAAGUAAAAUUAGCAUCUGUUGGAUAUUUAGAUAUAGAUAAUUUGAGUAACAAAUUUAGAUCAUUAUAUAAUUUAUGUGAAGAACAAUUAUCAAAACAAAAGCAUUACGAUUUUGGUCUUCGAAAUAUAUUAUCAGUUUUACGUACUGCUGGAGAUACAAAAAGAGCAGAAGCAGGAAAUGACAUCGAUGAAGAAAUACUUAUAAUGCGUACUUUAAGAGAUAUGAAUUUAUCUAAAUUAGUUCAUGAUGAUGUUUUAUUAUUUUUAUCAUUAUUAAAUGAUGUUUUUCCUAAAUUUCAUAAUAUUACAAAAAAAAAAUAUCAGUUGGUAGAAGAAAAUGUAUUAAAAAUUAUUAAGGAUAAAAAGUUGUGUGCAAAUAAAAAAUGGAUUUUAAAAAUAUUGCAGUUAUAUGAAACAUCUUUGGUUAGACAUGGAUUUAUGCUAGUAGGAAAUACAUUAACUGGUAAAACAGAAAUAUUAAAUAUUUUGACAUCUGCAUUAUCAAAUGUUGAUGUUCUUACAAAAAUAAUUACACUAAAUCCUAAAUCAAUAACAUCUGAGCAUAUGUAUGGUGUUAAAGAUAAUUUAAGUGAAGAAUGGACACCUGGUAUUUUUGCUAACAUAUGGGAAAGAUACAAUAAUAGUAACUUAAAAUAUAAUACAUGGAUAGUAUGUGAUGGACCAGUUGAUGCAAUUUGGAUAGAAAAUUUAAAUACAGUUUUAGACGAUAAUAAAAUUUUGACUUUAGCUAAUAAUGAUAGAAUUCCUAUGACAGAUAAUACAAAAAUAGCUUUUGAAGUAGAGAAUUUAAAUAAUGCUUCUCCAGCUACUGUAAGUAGAACAGGUAUAGUUUAUAUUUCUGAUAAUGAUUUAGGAUAUAAACCUUUUAUUUAUAGUUGGUUAAAAAAAAUAAAAGAUAUAAAUGUUUAUGGUAAUACAUUAUUUACAAUUUUUAAUAAAUUAUUUGUUUUUUAUUUGGAUAAAAUUAAAAUUCUUGAAUUUUUAAGAGAAAAUUGUAAAUUUGUAAUGGAAGUAUCAGAUUCAAUUUUAGUUUCUCAAAUGAUCAAUUUAUUAAAUUCUUUAUUAAUUCAGUAUAUAAAUGCAAUAAACAAUUUUAUGUAUAAUGAAGAGGAUUUAAAUAAAAUAUAUUUUAGCCCCGAUUUAAAAGAAAAAAAAUUAUCGCAUCAAACUGGUAGUAUACUAUCAAAACAAAAUCAGAAUGAAAAUCUUAUAAAUGAGUUAGAUAAAUCUGAGAAUUCUAUUAAUUGGAUUGCAGCAAAAAAUAAAAAAGGUAAAGAAACGGAUCUACAGAAACAAAAAGAACAUACUCCAAGUUCUGAAAAAAAUAAAUUAUUGUCUAACAAAAACCAGGCAUUGUCUAAUACUGGAAAUGGAAAACAAGAGCUUAAAAUAGUUGAAAAAAAUGAAAAUGAAAAAAACGAAUAUAUUUCUAAAAAUGGUCAAACGGAACCAAAUGAUGGGGAAUAUGAAGAUAAAAUUGAAAACCCAAAUAAUUAUAAUCCUGGAUUUGAAACAAAAUAUGAUCAAAUAAAAGUUGAAGAAUGUGAAGAUAUAAUGUUAUAUUGUAUAGUUUGGGGUUUAUGUGGUUUAUUAGAAUAUGGGCAUAGGAUUAAGGUACAUAAUUAUUUGUUUAAUAAUGUGAAUAGAUUGAGAUCAGCAUUAGAACAAAAUGAAAAAUUAAAAAAAACAGAAGAAAAUAAUGUUUCUGAAAAUGUGACUUAUAAUAAUGAUGAAAAAUUGGAAACAAAUAUGAUUGAUAAAAAGGAUUGUGAUUCACUUUUAGAAUUUGAAAAUGUUGGAGAUAUGGACGAAGAUUUCGAAAAUGAUAAGUGUCUUAUUUAUGAUUAUUAUUUUGAUAUGCAAUUAAGAAAAUUAAGAAAAUUUAAUUUAUCAAUUUUUAAAAUGCCUAAAAAUAUGAGUACAAUAUCUGCAAUAUUAAUUCCAACAAUCGAAACUGAUAAGGUAGAACAUAUAAUAAAAUUGAUAUCGAAUAUUCCUAUUCGUUCACAUAAUUUGCAUACAUAUAAGAGUACAUUAUUAUUGGGUUCUACUGGAUCUGCCAAAACAUCUAUAGCUUUAUUAUAUACAUCUAAACAAGAUAAAAAUACAAAAAGAUUUAAUUUUUCAAGUGUAACAACUCCAGAAAAAUUCCAAUUAUUUAUUGAAUCUGAGUUAGAAAGAAAAACUGGAAAAACAUAUGGCCCCAUAGGAAAUACAAAAUCAAUUAUUUUUAUUGAUGAUAUGUCAAUGCCCAAAAUUAAUGAGUGGGGAGAUCAAAGUACAUUAGAAUUGUUAAGACAACUUAUUGAAUUCCAAGGGUUUUACUUUUUAGAUAAAGAUAAAAGAGGUAAUUUUAAAAAGAUUAUAGAUUUAGAAUAUAUAGGAUGUAUUAAUCAUCCUGGUUGUGGAAAUAAUGAUAUACCUAAACGAUUGAAAUCAAAAUGGUUUAAUAUUAAUAUUCCACCAUAUAAUUUAAAUUCUAUAAAUACAAUAUAUGGAACAGUAUUACGAACAAAAUUUAAUAAAAAAAGAAAAUUUUCGGAAGAAAUAAUUGAUAAUAUUGAUAAGAUAAUUUUAUGUACUAUUAAAUUAUUUGGUCGAUUAAAAAAAUAUCUUUUACCUGUACCUUCACGUUUUCAUUAUUUAUAUACAACAAGAGAUUUAGCAAAAAUAUUUAACUCAAUGUUAUUAUGCCCUUAUAAAACAAUAGAUAAUAAUUUACAUAACUUCUUAUGUUUAUGGAAACAUGAAUGUGAAAGAGUUUUAAUUGAUAAGUUAUCUAGAAUAGAAGACAAAAAAUAUUCUUUAGAUCAAAUCAAACAAAUAUUUAAACAAUACUAUCCAUCUCAUGUAGAUAUAGCAGAUAAAAAUAUAUAUUUUAGUUAUUUCUAUGUGUCCGAAAAAGAAGAACAAGAAUAUAUGAUAGAGAAUGAUUUAAUAGAAAAUGGUGAGCAGGAUCAGAAAAAUAAUGGUGCUAAUAAAAAUGGAAUAAAAAAUUUGAAUACUGGUGUAGGAGCAUCUAAAAUAGAAAUAGGGGUUAACAAAAUGAAUACGAAAAAUGUAGAUAAUGAUAAGACAAAUAUGGGAAUUAAUAAAAAUGUUAUAACACCAGAAGAUAAUGAAGAAAAUAUGAAUAAUUUUUCAUUUAGUUGGAUGAAAAAAGAUUAUAAAAUAGUUUUUGAUUUCGAAAGAUUACGAUAUAUUGCUUAUGAAUAUAUGAAAGAAUAUAAUGUAAAUAAUGUAAAGAAAUUUGAUUUUGUAUUUUUUGAUGAUUCAUUAAAGCAUUUACUUAUUAUUAAUAGAAUUAUGCAGACUCCUAGAGGUUCAAGUAUGUUAGUAGGUGUUGGAGGAUCUGGAAAAAGAUCCUUAACAAAACUUAGUGUAUUUAUAAGUGAACAGGUAUUAUUUCAAUUAAAUAUUACAAAAACAUAUACAAAGAAUUUAUUUUUUGAAGAUUUAAAAAAUUUAUAUAUAUCAGCUGGACAAAUGAAUAAAAAAACAACAUUUUUAUUAAGUGAUAAUGAUAUAGAAAAAAACGAUUUCAUAUUAGAGCAUGUCAAUUCUAUUUUAUCUACUGGGGUAGUUUAUGGACUUUUUAUAAAAGAUGAAAAGGAAGCAAUUUGUUCUGAGAUGAAAGAAGCAUAUCUUAAAGAAAUGAAUAAAUAUAAUCAAUCAUCAAAAAUGAAAGGAAAUAAAAAAAGGCAGAAGAAUACAAAAUAUGAUUACACAUUAGAUGAUUUAGAAAUAGAUAAUGAUUCAAAUGAUUCAGAAAUAAAAAGUGAUACAUCUUCAUUAAACAAUUUUGAUGAUUAUAAUUUUGAUGCACAAUAUAACAAUAGAAAUAGUAGUAAUAUUAGUAGUAAAGAUAUGAAAAAUGCGGGAAAUAAAAAAAAAUAUGACAAAGUUGUAAAUGAUUUUAAUGUACCAUCUAGUGCUAUUUUUGAUUAUUUAUUAGAAAAUUUUCGAAAUAAUUUACAUAUAUUUUUAUGUUUUUCACCUAUACAUAAAGAAUUUGCUUUACGAUAUCAACAAUUCCCAUGUAUAUAUAAUUGUGUAACUAUAGAUUGGUUUUUGAAAUGGCCUUUAGAAGCUUUAGUUAAUGUAUCCACUGCUUAUUUAGACAAUUUUAAUAUUGAUAUUGAAGAUAAUUUGAAAAGUGAUUUUUAUAAUUUGUUUGCUAUUAUACAUCAAAAAGUUUCAGAAACAUGUGAGACCUAUAAAGAAAGAAUGCGAAGAAACACUUAUGUAACCCCCAAAUCGUAUUUGACAUUUAUUAGUUUAUAUAAAGAUAUGUAUGUAAAUAAAUAUGAUGAAAUAAAAUGCUUAAAAGAAAGUGUAGAUAUUGGGCUAAAGAAAUUAAAUGAGGCAGCUAUGGAUGUGCAAAAAAUGAGAGAAAGUUUAACAUCUGAGGAAGAAAAACUAAAAGAAUCAGAUGAACAAAUGAAUAUAUUAUUAGAGAAGGUAAAAAAUGAAUCAUUAAAAGCAGAAAUACAAAGUGUUGAAGUUUCAAAAUUUAGAGAUAAAUGUAUUAAAGAAAAGGAUAUAAUAUUGAAAGAACAAGAGGAAGCAGACAAAGAUUUACAAGAAGCAUUACCAUAUUUACAUGAAGCUGAAGAAGCUAUAAAAAGUAUAACAGCAAAAGAUAUAACCGAAUUAAAAAGUAUGAAAACUCCAUCUGAUAUUAUAAGAAUAGUUUUUGAUGGUGUUUUAAUAUUAUUACAAGGGAAAUUAAAAGAACCCAAAAUAAACAUGAAAUAUGUAAAUAAGCAACAUGUUGAAUUUAUACAAGAUUCAUUUGAUGAAUUUGCAAAACCAUUAAUGGCUGAUAUUCGCUUUUUAAAUUUAUUAUUUGAUUUUUCAAAAAAUGAAAAAGAUAAUAUUAAUGAAGAAACUAUUGAAUUACUUAAGCCAUAUAUUGAGUCUCAUUUUUUUAAAACUCAAAUAGCCAAAAAGGCAUCAGCUGCGGCUGAAGGAUUAUGUAAGUGGGUUGGAGCUAUGGCUAUGUAUCACCAGGCAGCAAAAAUUGUAAAACCUAAAAUGAGCUAUUUAAAAAUUCAAACAGGGCGACUAGAAGAUGCAUUAAAACAAUUAGAAAAGGCGGAAGAUUCAUUAUUAAAAGCUCAAUUAUUUGUCGACAAUUUGAAAUUAGACAUUGAAAAUAUGUGUAAAAAGAAAAAAAUAUUAGAAGAAACUGCCUUAAAAACAAAACAAAGAAUUGAACAAGCUAAUAAAUUGAUUAAUGGUUUAGCUAGCGAAAAAGCAAGAUGGACCGAAGAUUCAAAUAAUUUUUCUAAUAUUAAAAAAAAAAUAGUUGGUGAUGUAUUUAUGUGUUCAUCAUUUAUUUCUUAUUGUGGUAUGUUUAAUACAGAAUUUCGAAAUUAUCUUAUGAAUGAUGUUUUUUAUCAUUAUACAAAAAAUGUUAAAAAUAUUCCAGUUUCAUCUAAUAUAGAUGUAAUAAAAUAUGUAUUAUCACAUGACGAUACAAAAAUAUGCGAUUGGAGUGUUCAAAAACUUCCAAAUGAUAAAUUAAGUAUUGAAAAUGCUUUAAUUAGUGAAAACAGUAAUAAAUAUGGAUUACUUAUAGAUCCUCAAUGUCAAGCAAACAAUUGGAUAAAGAAUAAAGAAUUUCAAAAUAACUUAUCAAAUCAAAGAUGUAUCACUACAUUUAAUAGUCCCAAAUUUAAAGACAAUUUAGAAUUUUGUUUAAGUGAAGGAAAAACUUUACUUAUUGAAAAUGUUGAAGAAAGUAUUGAUCCUAUAUUGGAUCCCAUUUUAGAAAAACAAAUUAUUAAAAAAGGAAAAAAAAAUUAUGUGUUAAUAGAAAAUAAUUUAAUUUAUUUUGAUGAUAACUUCAAUUUAUUUAUGACAACAAAUUUACCUAAUCCUAAUUAUAGUCCAGAAAUAUAUGCAAAAUGUUGUGUUAUUGAUUUUACUGUUACAGUUAAAGGUUUAGAAGAUCAAUUGUUAGGAAGGGUAUUAACAGAAGAACAGAAGCAUUUAGAGGUGUCUUUGAAAAAUAUUAUGAUUGAACUUAAGGACAAUACAAAAUCAUUACAAGAUUUAGAUAAACAGCUAUUAUAUAAAUUAAAUACAAGUAGUUCUAACUUGAUUGAAGAUGAAGAAUUAAUAGAGGUAUUAAAUAAUACAAAAACAUUGUCAAAAGAGUUGGAAAUAAAAUUAAAAGAUAGUAAUGAAAAGAAAAAAGAAAUAAAUGAAAAACGAGAACAAUAUAGAAGUGUAGCAUUAAGAGGAAGUAUAUUAUAUUUUUGUAUAGUAGAUAUAACAAAUGUUAACUAUAUAUAUAAUACAUCAUUACAUCAAUUUCUUGAACAAUUUGAUUUAUCAAUCCAAAAAGCAGAAAAAGGUCAACAUAUAAAAAAAAGAGUAGAAUCAAUAUUGUCUACAUUAACAAAUUUAAUUAUUAGUUAUAUGGAAAGAUGUUUAUUUGAUCAACAUAAAAUUAUUUUCAAAUUAUUAAUAUCUUUGAAAAUAUUAUUAUAUGACGGAAUUAUAAGUAAUAAGGAUAUAAGUUUUUUCCUAAACCCUCUUUCUAAUUAUAAUCCCUCAAAUGAUAUAACUAAUGAGUUACUGAAUAAUAAUAUAUUAAAUGGAAAUAUGGAUAUAAAAAAUAAGGAAAAAAAAGGAAAUGUUACUGAUGCAAAUAUGAAUGAUACAACAAAUGUCUAUUUAGCUAGUGAAGAAAAAGGUGCACCGAUUUCAAACGGAGCAAAUAGUAGUGCAAGAAGCAACAAUAAUAAUUUGAAAAAUAACAAUAAUAUUAAUAGUGAGAAAGAAAAUGGUGAAGAAUGUGAUGAUGUAGUAAACUAUACCACAGGAAAUAUAACUAUGGACACUAACACUAUUAAUAAGAAUAAAAUUGAUACAAAUAAAAGACGAUGUAAAAAUAAAGGAGGUUCAACAAAAUGGUUAUUUAAAAAUGAGAAACUUUAUAAAAGUAUAAAUUCCUUAUCUUACCAUUCUUUUGGAAAUGAUAAAAAUAAUCGAUUUUUUUAUGACAUAUUAAAUAUUAUACAAUUAAAUGAAAAUAAAUGGAAAAAUUAUUAUGAUGUAUUAGAUAUUGAAAAUAGAGAUAUUCCUUAUUAUAAUGAUCGUUUAGAUUCAAGUGGAAAAAUAAGUUCUUUUAUAAAAUUAUGUUUAAUUCGAUGUUUAAGAGAAGAUAGAACAAUAUUGUGUGCAAACAAAUUUGUAGAUGAAGUAUUAAAUAGAAAUAGUGAUAGUAUAAAACAUGAGACUUUAGAGAAUAUAUUUUCUGAAUCAAGCAAUAGAAAACCAUUUUUAUUUUUAUUAUCUUUGGCUAGUGAUCCUACAAAUAUGAUUGAUGAUUUUGCAAAGAAAUUCAAAAAAUAUCCAACUGAUAAAAUAUCUAUGGGAGAAGGACAAGAAAUUAUAGCCAAGGAAAAAUUAAAAAAUGCGCUUAUAAGUGGAAAUUGGUUAAUAUUACAAAAUUGCCAUUUAAAUAAAUCAUUUAUUAUUGAAGUUUAUAAUAUGUUGAAAAGUUUGAAUGAAAUUGAAGAAGAUUUUCGUUUAUUUUUAACUUCAGAACCAGAUAAUGAAUUCCCUAUAUGUGUAUUACAUGGAAGUAUUAAAAUAUCAACUUCUUUAAGUAGAGGUAUAAAAAAUAAUAUGAGAAAAAUAUAUAAAGACAUGAUAAAAGAAGAUAUAAUAGAUAAAAUUGAUGAUGAAAAAUAUAGGAAGAUUAUAUAUGCUUUGGCUUAUUUACAUUGUGUUUUAUGUGAAAGAAAAAAAUUUGGACCUUUAGGUUGGUGUGUACCUUAUGAAUUUAGUAUAACUGAUUUAUUUGCCUCCUUUUUAUUUAUCGAAAAACAUUUAUAUUCAACAUUGUUGGUAAAUAGACCAAUAAAUUGGGAGUCAAUUCAUUAUAUGUUAGCAGAGGUUCAAUAUGGUGGUAAAGUAACAGAUGAUUUGGAUCGAGAAUUGUUACUAACUUAUGUACAACAUUAUUUUAGUGAAGAAUUAUUUAAAAGUAGACCUGAAAUUUUAGACCAUGGAAAUAAUAACAGCAAUAAUAUAAACAUGGUAAAUAGCUUAGAUAAUAAUAUUCCUCGAUUUUCUGAAAUUACAAAUUUUGAGAAUUUUAUUGAAAGUUUACCAAAUAUAGACAUCCCAACUGUUUUAGGUUUACAUAACAAUGCUGAGAUUACUUAUCGUGUUAAUGAAUCUAGACAAGUUUUAAAUUCGAUUUUAGAAAUUCAACCUCGAGAUGUAGAUCAUGGGGAUGAGAAAAGUAUGGAAACAGUAGUAAAAGAAAUAUCUAUUGGAAUAUUAGAAGCCCUACCUGAGGAUAUAAAUAUUGAAGAUAUAAAAAAAAUGAUAUAUAGAAAAAAUAAGAAUCAGCAAUUAAAUAACCAACCAAAUCAACAGUUAAAUGUGACAAACAACUUAAAUGGUAUGGGUAAAAAUUUUAAUAAUUUAGAAAAUAAUUCAUACAAAAAUAAAAAUAAAGAAAAUGAAAAUGGUUUACAAAAAAGUCUUUUACUCAAUAAUACAAUUGGUAAUAAUGGAAAUAUAGGAAAAAAUCCAAACAUGUCUGAUAGUAGAUAUAAUAAAAAUACAGCUGGUAUUGGAAAUGAAAAUGAUAUAAAUUUAGAAAACUUAGAUAUAACAUAUUGGGAAUCAAAUAAUGAUGACAAUAAUAUACAGUAUAACUUUUCUCCUUUACAAGUAUUUUUCUUACAAGAAAUGGAAAGAAUUCAAAAAGUAAUUAAUUUAGUUAAAACAAAUUUAAAUGAUAUUAUAAAUGCUAUAGAUGGUUCUAAAAUAAUGGUAGCUGAUUUACAGAAUGAUACAAAAUGUAUAUACACUCAAUCGAUACCUAAACAUUGGAUAUAUGAUGCUAGCGAAACUGAAAUAUCUUGGGUAUGUAAUAAUUUAAAUCAAUGGUUAAAUAUCCUUAAUUUAAGAUAUGAACAAAUUAUGAACUAUUUCCAAAAUGGUAAAUUGAAAUCAUAUUGGCUACCUGGAUUUUUUAAUCCUCAAGGAUUUUUGACAAGCAUGAAACAAGAGAUUACACGAUUAAAUAAAAAGGAUCAACUUUCUCUUGAUGAAGUAGUAUUAUAUGCUGAUAUUAAAAAUUUUGAUAUAGAAAAAAUAAAAGAAUAUCCUGAACAUGGGUUUUAUAUACAUGGUCUAAUUAUUGAAGGAUCAAAAUGGAAUUGGCAAGAAGGGAAAUUAGAAGAAAGUUCACCAAAAGUUUUGAGUGAAAAUAUGCCAGUUAUUCAUAUUACCGUUGUUUCAAAUAAAGAUAAAAAAGUCAAAUUUAUUGAAAAUAAUAAGAGCAUGUUUUAUAAUUGUCCUGUAUAUAAAUAUAAUGUGAGAACUGAUAAAUAUUUUAUUUUUAGAAUUCAUUUAAAAACUGAUGUUGAUCCUUCAAUAUGGAAAAUGCGUGGAACAUCUUUGUUAUGUUCUAAAGAUUAA